AUCGGCGGCUGAUUCUGGUCUGGCGCGCCUCGCAAGGCACCUCGGGCGCCCCACUCGUCUUCAAAAGGGAAUUGCAGCUCCACCGAGGCUGCCCCGCUCGCACCAUGGCCCUCGGGCGGCCCGGACGAUGACCGGGCCCCCAGAGUAGCUGCCAUGGCGGAGGAGGCCAAGGACGCGACGGCCGUCGUCGUCGCGCGCGCGCCGCCGGGCGACCCAAAAAUCGCGAGCGUCGGCCUGCGGCGCUCGAACCGCGACGACGACUCGCCCUUCGCCGCCGUCGCGUCGGCGCUCGAGUUCCAGGACCGAUCGAUGUGCUGCGUCCGGCGCGCGCGGCCGUCGGAUUGUUUAAGAAGGCGCUGCGCGGACUUCGUGGCCCACUUCCCGGACCACUUCCGCGAGGAGGUCCUCGGCCAGGCGCCCCAAGCGUACGCGGCGUGGCUGUCGAAGGCGGAUUUAAAUAGGCACCGCUGCGGCGAGCCCGAGCUGGUCGCGCUCGCCGAGACGCUGGGCCUCGAGAUCGCCGUCUGGUCGACGCUGUUCGAGGGCGACGCGCCGCUCGUCUACAAGCCCGUGAACCCGAUUCGGCGCGCGCACCUCCUGUUCAGCGGGGCCCACUACGACCUGAUCGUGGCGCGCGCGACGUCGGGCGCCGUCGCGGCGACGUUCGACGUGGAGGACGUCGCGAGCGCGCGCGCGAUCCGAAGGAGGGUGGGCGACGCCGUGCGCCGCUGGCGCGCGGCGAACGGCGACUGCUACUGGGCGCACGCGAACGACGCGCGGCACCCGCCGCUGCUGUCCUAACUCUGAAUUCUUGCUUUCAUUCCUGUCCUCCGUUACGGUGCUGGGACUAGCCGGCGGCAGCGCGGGCCAAGAGCGCCUCAGGCAAAUCUUCAAAUAUCUCUCGCUCGCGGCGCUCCGGGGCCGGCGCGGCGCGCCCAGGGGCUAUAGUGCGUCGAGGCGGCGAGGUCCUGGCCGUCGGGCUUUUGGCUCCGGCGCCGCGCGGAGGCCAGGAGAGUUGGCCUUAGCUUUUGCCUCGUGCUUAGGUCAAAUGAUCUUGACGCUUUUUAUUGUAACCCUCCGGGACAAGUGAGGACCCUUCCAAGCCGGGCGGCGACGCCUCCGACGAGAGCGCGCGAUUUUAUUUCCGAGCGGCCGCGCGCGACAUAAGCCCGCAACGGUGGUUCCAAGCUGCCGGCCGCGAGGGACGACCCGGCACCCCACCGCGCGCCGUCGAGGAGACGCGCCACGCAGGCGAUCAAGCCACACAGCGCGCAAUUAAAGCCAGAUAAGUUUACACAGGUAGCGCCCGAC